AUGGCUGACGAAAUCCAGCAACACACGUUGCUUACCCUCAAGGAAAUACAGGGGCUUUAUGACAGGUUUCGCAAAUAUGCGCCCAACGGCCGUCUGCUUUUUUCACGGUUCUGCGACACCUUGGGAGUAUUGGGAAUGCUGGACGAUACGAUGAUAGCGGAGCGGAUGUUUAGGGCUUUUGAUCAGAACAAGGACAGAGAGCUAAGCUUUACUGAGUUUGCCACCGCUUUGGGCAUCAUGAUGCGCGGAACCGACGACCAGAAGCUGGACCUCUCAUUCCGAAUCCUCAACCCCACGUAUACGGGUACGGGUAAAUGCUUAGAGGAUUAUCGCCUGCAGUCCGUGAGCACUUCAGGUUCAGAUGAAACCAUUACAGCGUCUCCGCAUCGUCAGGCUGCCUCUGGCGGUCUUCCUCGGCUGGCCCAUAGAAGGCCUCCCGGCUCCGGAGUUGCAGUCGCUCGUGCCGGAGAUGAGGAGGAGUGCUGUGGAAUAUUGGGAACGGCCAGCGCCGACCCUAUUGUUGGGCAGGGGUCUCAGGCGAACUCUACAUCUAAGGCGAAGGACCACUCCAGCAGCGAGAGCUGCAAACCUGUCUCUGACCAGGGAUUGACACCGAAGCAGACCCUUCGCGUGCCUCGGGGCACGCAUUGGUUUGAACGGUGCCGAAGCGUUAUUUAUGCGGACAGUUUGGGGUUGAACGAGUUCCUCGAUUUGGUCAAGUGCCUGCAAGUUGCCCGCCGGGCCCUGCUGGGUGGGGACGGCAAUCUGGCCUCCGACGAGGAGAUCGCCAUGACGUUUUUGCCACUUGCAUCGGAAAUGCCAGACGGAUCGAGGCGGAUGAUGUUGAAAGAUUUCAAGAAGGCUGUGCACACGAGCCCGCGCUUCCUCUGCCUUCUGGGAGUCACCAACAAUAGCGUGCCCAGCCCUUCUUCUCAGUCCGGUGCGCCUACAUGCACUGCUCAGGAGCGGCACUAUGUACACGAUGAGCGCCUUUUCUCCCCACUAUGCGCUGAGCGGAACCAGCUUGCCUUCCUUGAAUAUUUUAAGGGGAAUUCAUGGUUGGAGGAGGACGAAUGUUUACCUGUUUUGAGUGUGUGCUGCUUCGACGGUUAUGCAGAGGCUUCCAUCACUACAAAAUCGGAGAAGAAGAACAGCCUCUUCUCCGCGGACUGCACGGGGGUUUCGUGCACAGUGGGGGGGCCUUCAGGUUCCCCAGAGGCUGGCGCUGCUGUGCGGGUGGAGCUUCUGCGUCGAGUGCGAGAGGCGGAGGCUCAGGCCGAGGUCCAUCAGAGGAAAUUGCAGCAGCAGCAACGGGAUCAGCUGAAGCAGCUGGCGGAGAGUCUCCGAGCUGUGGAGCGCGACGUAGAGGCGGUAAAAACUGCCCUUGCAACGAAAGCAGCAGACGCAUCCCCGAAGCCGUUGGGGGUAUACCGCCGAGAGGACGACUUGUUAUCGCCGCAGCCCCAUGAGGAACUUUACGGCAGGCUGUGCAGCAGCCCUGUGCGCAGUGACACCGACAAGCUUGGAUCUUCCCGCGAAUGUGGUGGCACGGGGGACUUCACGGCAAGUGAAUCGCCUCGGAAAUCUCAGGCGAAAGGCGGGGAACCCGUUCAAGAGGGGAAACAGCUCUUUGUGGAGACAGUAGGAGGGACGGAGCAGGCAGCAACAGCAGCAACAGCUGCUGCUGCGGCGGCAUUUGCUGCACUACAGCAAGCUGAGCAGCAACUUAAUCGCAUCCUCGAGGAGAGCAGCCUGGCGACAGUCGUGCCGAUGCACAUUGCAGAUCAGCUGCUGGUGGAGAUGAGCAGCAAGGAUAACUUCGACUCCGUGCAUCAGGAUUUUAUUAGGGGGGGGCCUUCUGCUAGUCAACGAGACAUGCCGAGUUGCAUGCGGAAGCCUGCACUCAUUCCCAAAUUGACGGAGUCAGUCAGUAGGCCGAGUUCAGAAGGGAUAAACGAUUCCGGGACAAACUGGGCCUCGGCUCAGCUGCUCGACGGGCCGCGGCGACACAAGGUUUCCUUUUUAGUUGGCGAAAACGAUAACUCGCCCGUCCCGGACAUAGCAAGUUGCGCGCAAGAAAAUGCUACUGCUCAGUCAGUGAGGGCUUCCAAUACAACUAUUUUUCCUUUGAGGGAUCCUGGGGUGGAUGAAGUCGACGAACUCAAGGUCACCACUCCGAGUGAAGUGGCAACCGGCGGCGUCGAAAGAUCGGGUGGAAAAGACACCAAGGGCUUUGUGGUUCAUUUUGGUCAUGAGUCGUGGAACAUGGUCAUUAACAUCAUGGUCGGCAUCCGACUAGCGGGCGCGCGAGCUAUGAGCGAACCCCACAGAGCUGUCGAGCCUUAUGACUUCCUGAUGAAAGAAAAGUUCUCGGUGCUACCCAAGACUGGCAUGGUGGACAGGUCACGGCGGAAGCCUUCGUUGUGCGCAGUCCGAUUUAUAGACUACGCUCCGAUGGUGUUCCGGCGUCUCCGCGCUAUUUUCGGCAUCGACUCGCUCGGCUACAUCCGAUCUGUCGGCCCAGAGCAGCUGCUUGGAAAUUUGAUUUUAGGGAAUUUGUCGUCACUUUCUGAACUGGUCUCGGAAGGCAAGAGUGGCUCUCUAUUUUAUUACACGACGGACGGGAGGUUUAUGAUAAAGACGGUGUCAAAGGAGACGGCUUUCUUCAUGCGGUCCAUCCUGUUUGACUACUACAAGCACGUGUCGACGUGCACCAACACGAUGCUCACCCGACUGUGUGGACUGCAUGCGCUUCGUCUCAAGGACAAAUCAGGGAAGAUUCUAGGCCACAAGCAGCCAUGGAGGCGCAAGACGUAUUUCAUGGUCAUGGAGAACUUCUUUCACACGCCAGUGGAAAUUCAUCGUCGCUAUGAUCUUAAGGGGUCCACUCAAGGCCGCUCGCUGCCACCUGAACUCCUUAGUGACCCUACAGUGGCGAGGAAAGACAAUGAUAUGACACGAGACAAAGAAAUG